AUGAGAAGUAGCAUCAGAAUCAAAUUUCAGAGUGAGGCAGAAUUUGAUAGGUUACCUUUUCAUUCAUAAGUUGUCUCCUAUGAUGAGAUUAAGAAGUACUUGGAAAGAAAGAAAAAGCUAGUAUUUGCUGACAAAAAGACUGAUAAGAUCGUCUUAAUGGAUGUAAAUAGAAAUAAGGAAUUUAAUGAGGGCUUCAUUGAGCCAGACACUAGAUUGAUAGUGAUGAGAACUCCAUUGGUAACAGGGGAUCCGAUUGAACUCACCUACAAUCCUAAGUAAACUGGAGGUACUUUCGAUAAGCAUGGAGGUAAAGUAAGACUCGAAACUAAAGAUGGUUAACUGGGUGACACGAAUGAAGUAAAUAUCGAGGAAAAUAAAAAUGACGAGAAAAGCAUUGAGCAAGAUACCAACUUAUCUUCCCUUGGCAAAGAAUUCACUUGUCCUCUGCCAAAUCCUCAUGAAAAGAAAACUCACCUCAUCAUUGAUCCUGUUAUUUUAUCUUGCUGCGGAACAACAUGCUGCUUAGAAUGCAUUGUAAAGAUAUUUAUGAACAUUGAGAGAUGCCCGUUUUGUUACACUAAACUUAAGUAAUCUGGAGUUAAGAUAUUUCCCAAUCUACCAAUCCAAAGAUUAUUCAAUCAAGAAUUGAUCAAGGUUUACCAGCAGCUAAACCCUGAAGAGAAAGAAAGACUGCAGAAGAUUUAAGCUUAUCAAAGACUUUAGGAGGAAAUAGUCAAAAUGCCAAGAAAUAUUAAGAAUCCUGAUGCUCAAAUGAAUGAGCCAAACCCAGUAGGGCCUGGAGAUGAUAACACUGAAUUAGAUCCCAUUAUAAUGAAUGAGCAAAAGGAUCCAGCUCAGAGGAAGAAUCCUCUUUUUGAGAUGAUGCAAAAUGCAAUGUUCAUAUUGAUGAAAGCUCCAAACCAAGAAUUUUUAUAAAAAGGAGUGCUUAUGAGUGAAUGGUGCUUCUAAGAAAAGUCAGUCAAAAGAAUCAAGGAAACGCAAGUCCAAAAUAUCUUAUGUUUUGUAUCAGUCAAAGAUUCUGGAUCGUUUUAAGGUGUAUUCAUGAUUUAAAGCAAAGAUGUGAGGCCUGUAUCAGAAGAUUGGAUUAAGAUAUACCCUGGCUAGUAUGAUGGCUAGCUUGAUAUUUAGUGGUUGUCAUUCCCGGAUUUGUCCUUUACUAAGACUUAGAAAUUGACUAACUAAUAAAGAGAUAAUGAACCUCUCAAUAAGUUUAAAGAUGGUGAAGAGGUCAAUCAUGAAUUAGGGUAAUAGCUUUGUAAAUUAUGUGUGGACUCUGAAAAGGCUUAGAGUGCCUCGAAUGCUUCAAAGAUGAAAGCAGAAUACAUCAAGAAUCACAGAUAUUCUAAAGAAUUGAAAAAGCAAAGAGAAUUAAAUCUUUAGUAUAAGAGUUAGCAUGUAGUUGUAUUAUCCUAGGAGGAACAGGAAAUAUUAGAGAAGAUAAAGCCUCUGUCACAAACUGAUAAAGAGAAAGCAAAUAGAGAAAUUAAAUCUGAAGAUCUUAAUAUUAUGGUAUAUGAGGAUAUUGCGAGUCCAACAUUUUUCUCGAAGGACAAAGAUGACAGAAGGACGAGAGACAGGAGAACUGAAAGAGAGUCAGAAAAGAAAGAUGAUAAAAAGUCAAAGAGAGAUGAGGAAAAAGAUAAGAAACCCUCUGCAACAAUAACUGUACCAAUCGCUUAGGCAAUACCAACUAUUCCAACUGGAGGGAUGUUUAGACCUCCUUAUGGAUACUAUUAGCAAUAUUAUCCUGUUGCACCAAAUAUGAUGUAACCUAUGUAUGGAUAUCCAAAUCCAAUGAUGGGCAGGCCAGGAAUGAUGCAUAUGCCCCCUUCAGGGAUGCCAAUGGGUAUGCAGCCAGCAAUUAUUGCUCCUCAGCCAGAGAUCACUAGAAGAACUGAAGAUAAUAAAAGAAGAUCAAGGUCAAGGAAUGAUAGAGAAAGAGAAAAGGAGAGAGAACGGGAAAGUUAUAGAGAGCGUGAGAGAGACAGGGAUAGAAAGAAACACUCUAGAAGAAGCAGGUCACCGCAUUCAAAGAAAAGGGAAAAGAGUAGAAGUCCCAGAAGUAAGCACCACAGAAGAUGA